AUGUCAACAGCAGACCAUCAAGAAGCCGAUAUCGACUCCAUAGUUGAUAGAUUACUAGAAGUUAGAGGAUCACGUCCAGGCAAACAAGUUACUCUUGCGGAACACGAGAUUCGUUAUCUUUGUACCAAAGCUAGAGAAAUUUUCAUUCAACAACCAAUCUUGUUGGAAUUGGAAGCACCCAUCAAGAUUUGUGGUGAUAUUCAUGGACAAUAUUACGACUUGUUGAGAUUGUUUGAAUAUGGUGGAUUCCCACCUGAAGCCAACUAUUUGUUUCUUGGUGAUUACGUUGAUAGAGGUAAACAAAGUUUGGAAACCAUUUGUCUUUUGUUGGCUUACAAGAUUAAAUACCCUGAGAAUUUCUUUAUCUUGAGAGGUAAUCAUGAAUGUGCAUCAAUUAAUCGUAUUUAUGGGUUUUACGAUGAAUGUAAACGAAGAUAUAAUAUAAAACUUUGGAAAACUUUUACUGAUUGCUUCAAUUGUUUACCAAUUGCUGCCAUUAUUGAUGAAAAAAUAUUCACCAUGCAUGGUGGAUUAUCACCCGAUUUGAAUUCAAUGGAACAAAUUAGAAGAGUUAUGCGUCCAACUGAUAUUCCUGAUGUUGGAUUAUUGUGUGACUUGUUGUGGUCGGAUCCUGAUAAGGACAUUACUGGUUGGUCAGAAAAUGAUCGUGGUGUUUCUUUUACUUUUGGCCCUGAUGUUGUUUCGCGUUUUUUACAAAAACAUGAUAUGGAUUUAAUUUGUCGUGCUCAUCAAGUUGUUGAAGAUGGAUAUGAAUUUUUCAGUAAACGUCAAUUGGUUACAUUAUUUUCAGCUCCCAAUUAUUGUGGUGAGUUUGAUAAUGCUGGUGCAAUGAUGUCGGUUGAUGAAUCAUUAUUGUGUUCAUUUCAAAUUUUAAAACCAGCUGAUAAAAAACCAAGGUAUCCUUCCUCGGCUGGAUCUUCAAUUGGCGGUGGCGCUGGUGGUGCUGGUGGUGCUGGUGGUAAUAGACCAAACCCCAAUACCAAGAAACCAAAGAAGCCAACCAAAUAA